AUGAUUAAUGGGAAUUAGGAAAUUAGAAAGGAGUCACUUAAUUUAUUAGAUUCGCCAUAGGCAGAUAUCAGAACAUAGAAGUAAAGUGUAUCAAGCGUGGAGUAUACUCCUUCAAAAUAAGAUAGAGAAAAAAAGAUGCAAAAUAUGAUAUAGUAAUUAAAUGGAGAGAAUAUCAAAAUUAAAAGUGACGAUUUAAAUAAUAGCCAAAGCUAGGAUUCUCAUAAAAAUACGCCAAGUUAGCAUCCAGAUGAAGCAAAUAGCAAUAAACAAUAGACAUAUACAAUUAAAAUUAAUGACAUAGAAGAUAGCUAAAACGGUAGAUUAUAAUCAAGACUCAAUACUUAUGAUUUAAAAUAGCAGUUUUUUAAGAGUGAAAACUAGUAUCCUUAGCAUUUAUUUGAGAUAAACCCACAUAUAGCAUAAUGGGGCCGCCUUCAGGAUAAUAUAAAAUCUUAAUAUCUAUUUUUAAAAUAAGAAAACGAAAUUAAGAAUUAAAUGAUUGAAGAUUUAAAGCUCUAUUAGCUUAAAAUGAUUAAAAACAAUUUAAAAUACAAAUUCUUGUUGAAGGAGAGGUCAAGAUAUAGCAUGGUAUACGAUAAAUUUUAGGAUAUAAGACCAAAGAUGAAAAUUAACAUUUAAAAUUUUGAUACAAAUGAGAAGAGCUUAGUUGAUACAAUUAAUAAAAAUUAGGAUUUGCUAAAGUCAAUGAUGUUAAAAAUAGCUUAAAAUCCUCUUCUAUUGGCAUAUAUUAUUGAAUAAAAUAACUAAUAUGAUAACAACUUAGAUUAAUUUUUAGAUGAUGUGAAUUCACUGUUCUAUGAAAGAGUUCUUGUUGAUAACUAAUACCACAAUCCAAUCUAUAUUUUACAAGCAUAUUUAAUUGAUAGAGAAUUAUCAAAAGCAUAGUCACCUGAUGAAGCAUUUAAAAUAAGCAACUUAUCUAUUAAAACAAUUUAUGCGUUUUCUAAAAACAUAAACUGCGUUGUUUUUUUAGAAAAAAUAUUAUACAAACCUUUAAAGCAGAUUUUAGGUCAUUCUUAUCUGCUAGAAGUAAACUUGAUUAAACUAUAUGAUUAGUUGAAAAAAUCUCCUAGAAAUAGAAGAGAUGCUAUGAAUAUAUCUAAUAGACCUUCAAUUAACAUAUAAUUAAGGUAGUAGCAUAAUGAUAGCCCUUACAAUAAAGAAAAAAAUAAUUUUACUGAAUCUUUUAACAGUUUGGAAGCAUCUAGUAAAAGCACAGCUUCAGCGAAUAAUCCUUCGUCAAGUAAAAAUCCUAUAACACAAUUUAAAAAUUUCAUAAAAACAUACUUACCGAUGAAAAAAUAAAAAUCAACUUAAGAACCAAUGAAAAUAAAGUCUAACGAAAUUAGAGAAACUGAUAGAUCGGCAAGUACUUUUGUAUUUUAAAACUCAUUAUCUUCUGAGAGAAAUUCAUCAUAGAACUUUGGUUAUUCAGGCAGAAGAGAGAGAAGACGCAAGCUUAAUUAAAUUAAUGGAAAUGUUAUUUCACAAAGCUAGCUAAAAGAAGCUGAAAAUUUCACAAUAGAAGCUGAAAUCGUUAGUUAUUUAAAAAAGAAUAUUGAAGACAUAGAUCUGUAAAUAGCAUUAGAUGUAUAAUAUUAGGCUAACGUUUCGUUGACUACUCUAUCGUAGCUUGUAAAAAAUUUUAUGAACUAAAUUUUAACAAAUGUAAGAAAUUUUCCAAAGGAAAUUAAUAUUAUGUGCUGUAUUUUGAAAAGAUCUUUAUUGAGACAUUUUCCUCUUAUUAGCACAGAAGAAAUAAAUAUUUAGAUCAGAUAGUUUGUUUUUAACAAAUGGAUAUUUCAGGAUAUUUAACUUAUUAAUCAGCGUAAUAUUAUGACUAAAAAAGAAUAAGAAACAUUAACAAAGAAUUUCCAUCUUGUCAAUCGUAUAGCCCAACAAAUAGUAAAAUAAAUGUUAUUUGAUGAAUAAUAGUAUCCCUUUUUGUCUAAAUUGAAUCAGCUAAUAUUAUCUUAUAAGCCAGAUCUAGAUAAAUUUUAUGAAAUCAUCUCUACUGCAGAAAACACACUUAUAGAUCUAAUUUUAGAUAAAAGUAAUCUCGAAAAUGCUACUUUUACACGCUCUGGCUAGCUAACUUUUUAAAAUACUCAUAAUUCAUCUCAGAAUUCCAAAGGAAUUCCUAUAUUUUAGUUAAAUUAACAAAGCGUGUAAGAUGUAACUUCUUUAGCUUUUUCGUUAGAGGAUUUAAGAAUUAUAACUUUGUUGAUAUCCAAAAUGCCCGAUAAGCUAGAAAAAUUUGAUUCAAGAAAUAUUUUAUUUAAAGAAGCAUAAAAAUUGUAAGAUAAAUUAAAAGAUGUUUUCAAAGAUAAUUUGACAAGCAGAAACAGUUAUUAUUUUAUUUGGGAAGCAGGUACAAAUCAAUCUACUGGUUACAUUGAAAAAUUAUUUUAAAUUGAUUAUGGACUAUCGAAGAAGGAAAAAAAAGAAUUAAAUUAGUAGCAGCUAAAUUUAUUCAAAAUAAAAGAAAUGUUGAUUCUAUUUUUGCUAAGUAUAGAUAGCAUAUUAUAUUUAAUGUAGCUUAAAAGAGGAUAAGAGAUCACUUUGCAACAAAUUUUAGAUGAGUACAAGAUAAAAUAAAUAGAUCACAUAAUAAGUAUCAGAUUAAAUUAACCAAAAGUGUAAAUGGAUAUAUAUUUAGAGUAUCUCUAGCUCUUGCUUCAUGGACUUCCAGAAAAUCUUUAGUAAAACGAGUAUGAAUGCAUUUUAAAAGAUAUCUGUCUAACCCUGGAUAGAAAGUUUUCAUUUUUAACCCAACAAAUAUUGGCAUACAAACAGCUGUACUUGUAAAAAAAAAAUAUUAUAAAAAAUGUAAUUUUAUAUGUCAAAGAACAAUAAGAAUCUAUAAUAAAAAAAAAUAUCAAAUAAAAUGCUUAUUUUUUUAUAAGAAACUCAUACAUAAAUAUAAAAAUAAUAACUACAAAAAUACCAGUAACACCUCAAAACAGGGAACAUAAUUACCUUAAUUUCUAAAUUAUAUAAAAUGAAUAACUUACAGUUAAAGACACAGAGUCAAUAGCUCGUAAAAAGGAGGACAUGUUGGAUGAAUUCAAGAAUGGUUUGUGUCCAGAAGAACCAGCCAUGUGUUUUUCAAUUUAACACUUUAUAAAUUACUUAAUUUACACUCCAGAACUUAUGAAAUGCAUCGAAGACAGAUCUAAUUUAACAAGCUUUAACUAGCUAAUAGGAUAAUAUUUUGAUCUGUUAGAGAAGAAAGUUGAAGAGCUGCCAUUUUAUUAAAAUAUGAAAGAAGAGUGUAAAAAAAUGUUUUUUGAUUUAAUAGAAAAACACAUAGCCAAGAAAAUAUUUAAUGAGUGCAUGCCUUUAUACAAUUCAGAGAAAGAUAAUUAAUUCAUAAUGUAAGCCAAAAAAUAUAGUUAUAUGAGCAUAUAGCAUUAAAACAUAGAAAAAUUUUUUCUCGAAGAAAGUAUGUGGGAGAGUAUUGCUCAUGAUUUGACUAAAAUAAACAAUGUAGAGUCUCAUCUUGAUAAACUUAAUUUAAUUUACGAAUGCUUUAAUAAUAUUACCUAAGUGAUGAACAUGGUCCCCGGAGAAGGGAACGGAGCUGAUGAUUGCUUUCCUAUCUGGGUUUACAUAUUACUAAAAGCAUAAAUAGAUAAAAUAUUUACUAACAUAAACUUCAUUGAAUUAAUGACAAGAAAGAACAAGACGGUAUCAGAUGAAAUUGGUUACGUAUUUGCUUAGUUUUAAUCAGCAGCUAAGUAUAUUUACGAUCUCACUGAAGAGUAGAUCUAUAGUUCUCUGAACAAUCCAGAUGACAUAGAAAAAUUUUCUGAAUACUGUAAAAAUUUUGAAACACUAAAAAAAUAGCAUAGUAGUUAAUUGAUACUACAUAUAUCAUAAUAACAACAGUCAUAAUAAUCUUAAGAUUAGCAUAGUCCUAUAACUAAAUCUAAUCAUUAUUUUUCACCAUAAGUAAGUUUAAAAAAAGACUUGUUUUCAAUAAAUUGA